AUGGACCAAACCUUUGACGCUUUCGACAAAGUUCAAGAAUCCAAUAUGGCAGCCAAACAGAGGUUUGAGUCGUUCAAGAUGGGUGGUGGCUCUCCAGCCAAUAGUUUAAACAAUUUCAUUCCAAAGCAUUCACACGGACGAUCUCGCUCUCGCAACAGUUCAAUCUCUUCUCUUUCAACAUUAUCUAUUUCUGCUUCCGCACCUUCAUUCCCCUCUCCAGUUGAAUUUUCUUCCAAUAAUGUACCUUCAAAUGCACCCCCUUCAAAGCGCCCGAAUUCCCAUCACAGGCGUCGUUCUUCUGUUUCAACUCGCCGCGAGUCGGCAGAGCUUAUGGGCGUGUCACUUCCUGACCUUCCAGCAGCUAAUUCAGAUGAUAACGUAAAUCUUGGCGACAGGGAUUCUAUUCGUCGCAGGGCGCUCUGGGCUCUUGAGGGAAAGCCUGACCUUGCUUUCUCCAAGGUCGAAAUUCCUGAUAUCACGUCCCCUGAUUUGACAAAGCCUUUUGAGUUCCCAACCAAGCCGUCUUUCCCUCCUGGUACUGGUAUCAGUGGGCAUGGUAUUAGUAACCUCAUGAGCAAGCGUGAUUCAUUCGGCAAAAUGUUUCCUUCUACUUCUACCUCCAAAGAUCAGCUUCAGACACUAGUUGAGGAGGAAGAGGAAGAGGAGGAAUCCCAAGAGGAACGUCCCGCUCAAGUUGCCGAGGUUGUCGAGGAACUGGCGGAAGUUCCCACUGUUCCGCUCGUUACUUCAGCCUCUACAGUGACAAAGUCUGCUUCACGUCACCGUCCUGCCAGCCUCAAUCUCAGGCCUCUCUCUCUUGUGUCUGGAAAUGCUGCCAGUUGCACACCCGGAAAUCUCCCCACGCCCACUCUUACGCCGAAUCAUCUGCCCAAUGGUCUGAGAUCUCUCGCCUUGACAUCCGGCUCUGACACCUCGCUCACGAAUGCCAAGCUCACGAAAAGCAGUACGAAACGCCACUCCACCACUGUCACAUCAUCAUCUUCCGGUUCCUUUACUCUUGCUUCACGUCGCUCUUUUUCGUCCGAAAGCUCCUCACUCUGCGAUAACAACAGGAAACGCAGCAGCAUUUCGUACAAACGCUCUGUUGCCUCCAUUCCUCGUGGUGUGGGUGUUUUGCCCACACCUGAUUCGACUCCCACCGACCGUCGGUUUUCGGAGUUAAACGACGUCGAAUGUGUUGCAGAACAGCCCCUUACCACAGCCGAGCAACAUUUUUUAUUUAGAUCUCACAAUGUGCUCCUGGCUCGCAUAAUGGAUCUCGAGCGCACGCUACGUUCGCGGUCAAUGUCCCGAUCACGUUCCCUUUCCAUAGCUUCGGAAGCUUCGGCAGCGUCGUCCGAGCCAAGCGACGAGAUGCUGCAGCUAAUUUCGGAUCUGAAGGCUGAGCGUGACGAGCUGAAGAGAGACGUAGAUGGAUGGCGCAUGCGUGUAGCUGAUGCAGAUAAACAAGCUGGCGUCCUGGCAAGGCGAGUUGAGGCUGAGAGAAGAGAGGCCUGGGUGGCCCGCUCGCGGCUUGGUCUACUGGAAGUCGAGAAACGUAGCCUGGAUAAGGCCCUCGGUAGCAAGAAUGCCGAGCUCCAGGAAUCAAUAAGCCAGAGCCAGCAAUUCAAGAAGGAACGUGAUGGCAUGAGGGGGGAGCUGGACAGGUUGCGUGCUCGUCUCCGAGAUGUUGACCAUGCAGUUGAUGAGGUCAUUCGCCUCCGCGCCGCACUCGAACAAGAGCGAAGCAGGCGCGCGGAGCUGGAAAAAGUUCUGGACGACGCCGGAUUACUUAAUACACCCACCAUUCCAUUUUCUGUUGGUGGGCAGGACAAAGGUUCAGUGCCUAGUCAGUCUUAUGGCACCCGUCCUCGUGGAUUUGGCUUCCAGUCCAUUGACUCUGACGGCUCUUCAACUGAUGUCGAGUCUGUCGACCAAAGCUUCACCAAGGCUGAAUUGACCCUCGAUGCUGUCACAGAGGAAGAUGAGGACGAGGAUGAGGACAGUUCCGACUGCGACUUUUCUGACGAGGAGGAUGAGUUGGCUGGUUACGAAGAUGCAGAAGAUUCCGACCUCAGUUUCCAGAGUCCAGAUGGCUCGUCCAUCGGCUCCGGGGAUGAACUCGACAUCAUGCCAGUCACAGUCCUGAACGAGGCCACAAACCGACUUAACUCAUUGUCCAAUGACGCUCCUUCGAGGUCUUCGCAUUCUCGACACAAUUCACUUUCUAAGACGUGGACGUUCCCCAGGGGUCAGCCUGUCACAGUCAAGCGUGAUGUUGAUGAGGUUGACCGGUUCUUUGGAUGCCUCGAUGAUGUCGAAAAUUCCCCCCCAUUUAGUUCUGAGGAGAUGGGCAAAGUGAUGUUCACGUCGACAUUCGGUCUUUCCUGCGAUGAUGACGAUGAGCUGCCACCCUUUGUCAUCCCUUCAGACGUUGGCACUAUCGUCGACCUUCCGAUGUCGAGGAGCCUUGAUAUUGUGCCGGAAGAAGACGAAGACAAUGAAGGCGAAGCUGAUGACGAUAACGAUGGCGAACUCCUUGGCGAGGAAGUCGAGGGCGGGAUCCGUUUCACAUUCAACCCUCCGCCAACUGCCUGCAGUCCUCCACCUGUCAUCUGCAUCACACCUCCGACAGAGUCUGAGCCGACACCUGUUGCAAGAAAACCUGUCAUGAUCUGUGAGCCUUUUGAUGAUGAGGAAGAUGAUGCUUCUCCCUUCACUUUCCCCCAGUCCAGGGUACAGGAGCCGAUCACUCCGCCGACCUCUUCGCCGCCGACUUUGGAGGGCAGCAGCCGUCCAUCGAGCCGGACAAGUAACUCGCCAUCGUCAAUUCCUCGUGCAACUUCACUGCGCUCGUUCAUGCCGCUUACACCGCCCUCUUCAGCUACACCGCCCAGAAGGGCGUCUGAUCGUUUUAAUGCACUAGCGGACUAUCCGGCGACGUCAUUUAUGACCCCUCCAUCACGGCGCGACGGGGUCGCCCCGUCCUUCAUUCCUCAACCAGUCUCGCCAUCGCCAUCCAAGAUUUUCAGUCCUUCGAAAUCUCGCGUUCCUGUUCCGCCGAUGCGCUCCAAGGGUGCUACAAAUGGUUCGGGAUUUAAGCCUCACCUUAGAUCAUCCAUGACCAACGGAACUCUCAGAUACUACGGUACCUCUGAGGAGAUAGCAGAAGCAAAACUAGAUACCUCCGACACUUGUGAAUACCCUGACCAAUAUGCCUCGACUUCAUCUUUAUCGUCAAUUAUGUCUUCACCGCUUGCGGCACGAAUUUCAUUCCAGACACUGUCAAAUUUUAUUCCCCUCUCGUGGACGCCGGGUGCGGCUGCGGUUGUGUCGCGCACCACGCCUAGGACCUCGACUGAUGAUGCUGCAGAGGCAACAUCACCAUUCAUUAGUGCCUGUCCUGGUGUACGACGCUCGAUCGAAAGGAGGUUUGUUUCUAGGGAUCAGCAGUUGGAGAAGCUGAGGAAUCGACUGGGCAAUAACCAUAUUAAUGGCAUAGGACGCUGUCUUGCGGUAGCUCCUUGUGGUGCUUGCAAGGGCGCCGACAUUUUCUUGUGA